CACCCAAAGAGAGAGCGAGAGCGAGUGAGCGAGCGAGGUGGACACAGGAAGGAGGUUGAGGCGAUUUCCGCAGGCUUAGACCGGGGAAAGUUGUUUCCUGAAUUUGACGCUCUGCUCGGGAGGGUUUCCACACCAAAAUUCUUGGUGUUUGUUAAAAUGCCUUGCGCAAGUCCAUCGUCCCUUUGGCUGUGUUUGUGACACUUCUUGUUCUUCUAUUGAUGGAGUUGUCUGAACAAAGGAUGAGCUCAAAGAGAGAAGACACAGACGCCAUCCUUCAGGCCAAACUGGCCGAGUAUCAAGCUCAGGUUGAACACUGGCAGGGUGUGGCGACCAUCUGUGAACUGAGCAAACGGGAAGAACUGGCAGAGCUGCAAAAACAAUGUGAUCAAGAGAUCCAGUCCCUUCAGGAGGCUCUCAGGGAGACGGCAGCCCAGUAUGAGGCCAGGAUAGCUGUGCUUCUCGAGGGGAGGAGAGCUAGUGGUGGCCACAAUCAGGGGAGUGGAAAGAAGGGCAAAAUGGAUGCAGAGGUCACCAGCAAUGACUCCCAGACGUCACCGAACAGGUUAAACUUCCAACCAACAGAGUCUGAACUUGUACCCGAGGGAGAUGCGCCACCCACUAACACAGAAGGAUAUUUUUCACUGCGGAACUGCGAUUCGGCCUCGUUGUCCUCGUUCUCCAUAGACACACCCUCUCUACCUAGAAAGCUCCACAAUCAGGAAGACACAGAGUCUUUGGCCUCGACAGGAACUCUGGUGCCGGAAGCCAUCUACCUGCCUCCAGCUGGCCACCGACUUGUCACCCAUAGUGACUGGGAGGCACUCAAUUGUCAGGUGUCAGAAUUGAGAUUGGAGGUGACUCAGCUUGUGGAAGCAAAGGAGGAACUAGAGAAAGAACUGGACACACAGACCAACCACACGCACAAACAGGUAUCGGUGCUCCAGUCACAGGUCCAGUCUUCAGAGGCCCUUCUUCAGGAAUUACAGAAAUCUCUCAGCCAGUCACAAACUGCAGUCCAGAGUCGAUUGUCAGAGCUGUCCGUGUCCCAGAGGAAGGUGUGCAUCGAGCUGUCCAGGUUGAAAGGAGAGACGGUUGAAGAUGAGGGAGCGGGCUCCACCUCAUCGCUUGCAGGAUCACUGCAGCAGGCAGCGCACUGUGAGGAGCGCCUCCGUAUUGAGAUUGUCAACCUGAAGGACCAACUUGAAAUCCGGGCCGAGGAAAAUGAAAUUCUGGAAGUGCAGUUUUCCAGUUUAAAAACUGAGACAGAGAGGAUCCAGGCCCAGAAAGACCAGUUCCAGGCCGAUCUCUUGGCCUGCCGCACUGAACUCGAGGCCCUGCGGGUGGCGCUCUCUCAUGUGCAGGGCAACAACAAAGUCCUCAAUGCUGAUAAUGUGGCCUUGCAUCAGCAGUGUCUGGAGCUGCGCAGCCAAGUGAUCAGCUUGCGCUCUCAGGUCGACACCAGCCAGACUGUCCAGAGAGACUUUGUCCAGCUCUCUCAGUCACUGCAAGUAAAACUGGAGUUAAUACGGCAGGCGGAAUCUCUCGAACAAGUCAGGGAGAUCCUGGGGGAGGGAAUCAGCGAUGCGGAUCCUUCACCUGCAGAAGCCUCCUGAGUCUGCCACUGCAGGCAUAAAGCACUGACCAAGGCAAAAGAACGACCAAUGAAGCUCAAGUAAGAACAAACAUGUGGAACGAGCACUGUUUUAAAGUGACCAAGAAAAUGGGAGCUGCUAUUGUUUGCGCAUGUAAUUUUGCUGACCAUAGUGAAAGUGCAGUCUCACACUAAACCGCACAAGAGCGCUAAAUGUUCACCCAAACAUUCAUAAUUCAUCCUCAUAUAAAAUCUCAAAGGGUUUUGACACUAAAGAGUCGGAGAAGUUAGCGGCAUUUCUCCACCUUACCCCCGUGAUCAUCGAACUCUGAGGUGGUGAGCUUCCAGGCGGCUCAGCAGUGCUAGAAAGCUAAAGUAUGUCCGGUGGCAAAACGAGCAGGAACUCUGUAAAUGUUGUGUAACCUUCGGACAUUACUAUUGUCGCAUGUAAACAUUUUGCAACCAUCUUUCAAGUUUCUUUUGAAACAGGACAUAACGCAAUAACCGUUCAUGAAGUUGAUUUUCGGUAACUGUGAGUCGUGCGUUUUCUUAAAAUUUGCUAAUUUGUGUCGUUGCUUUGCAUUGUUUAUUUCUCUCCUUUUAACCAAAUCUUCAUUUUCAACAGAUGAUGGUCAUUACUCACACGCUUAUUUUAAAUAUUUAACAUUUUGUUUUGUGUUUUAUCUUUUUUUUUUCUUUGUCAAAAAACACUAUUUGAAGAAGUAUCUUCAAAUGUUAGUUUCAACAUUGUAUUGAAGUAUAAAACAUAAUGAAAACAUUAUGGCCAUAUGUCAAAAAAGGAGCAAUAAACUUUACUACAGAAACUUUCA